CCACACAUUCACACUUCUCGGUUUCGUUCUAGAGCAGAGACGGACGUGACGGACAACGCACACGAACACGCACACCUAGACGAGGAGGCUACGAAAACGCAACGGCCCCCCCAAACAAAAGGAACACGACAACACCUUCCUUCCCCUCCUUUCCAUCUCCCAUCUCACCUCCAUCAUGUCGACAGUAGACGGCAGCAGCGCGCCCCAGUCGCCCGCCGAGUCGUCGCUCGCGACGUCCAUCUUCAGCGCCAAGUCGCCCGCCGACUCCGACGGGCACGCGGCGCGCGCCGCCAAGUGGCGCUUCGCGACGCAGGUCGUCGCCGUCGACUCGAGCGACAACGCGCACGGCGCUAGCAGCGUGCCCAUCUUCCAGACGGCGACCUUCAAGGGCAUGGACGGCCAGUACGACUACACGCGCUCGGGCAACCCGACGCGCGGCGGUCUCGAGUCGCACCUCGCUCGCAUCUACUCGGCGCACCAGGCGUUCGCGCUCAGCACCGGCAUGACCUGCCUCGACGUCAUCCUCCGCCUCGUCAAGCCUGGCGAGACGGUGCUCGCAGGCGACGACCUGUACGGCGGCACUAACCGCCUGCUGACCUACGCCAAGUCGCACGGCGGUGUGGACGUGCGCCACGCUGACACGACCGACGUCGCCGCGCUCAUUCCCCACCUUGGCAAGGGCAACAAUGUCAAGAUGGUGCUCCUCGAGUCGCCUACCAACCCCUUGCUCAAGAUCGCCGACAUCCAGGAGAUCUCCGCGACCGUCAAGGCCGCCGCGCCCGACGCCAUCAUCGUCGUCGACAACACCAUGCUCUCGCCCUACCUCCAGCGCCCGCUCGAGCUGGGCGCCGACAUCGUCUACGACUCGGCGACAAAGUACCUCUCUGGCCACCACGACGUCAUGGCCGGCAUCAUCGCCACGGGCAACCCCCAGGCGUCCAAGGACAUUGCAUGGCUCAUCAACGCCAUGGGCUCGGGCUUGGCGCCGUUCGACUCUUUCCUUCUCCUCCGCGGUGUCAAGACGCUCGCCCUCCGCAUGGACAAGCAGCAGGCCAACGCGCAGAUCGUCGCCAACUACCUCGACGCGCUGGGAUUCAAGGUCCACUACCCCGGCCUCAAGAGCCACCCCAAAGCCGACAUCCACUGGAAGCAGGCCAGCGGCGCCGGUGCCGUCCUGUCCGUGCUCACCGACGACACGCAGCUGUCGGAGCGCGUCGUGUCGGCCGCGCGCCUCUGGGGCGUGUCCGUGUCGUUUGGCGCUGUCAACUCGCUCAUCUCGAUGCCCUGUCUCAUGUCGCACGCCUCGAUCCCCGCCCACAUCCGCGCCGAGCGCGGCCUGCGCGAGGACCUGAUCCGCCUCUGUGUCGGUAUCGAGGACCCCCGCGACCUGCUCGACGACCUCGAGCACGCCCUCAUCGUCUCGGGCGCCAUCGUGCCCAACGUCGACCCUUCGCUGCUGCCCUCUGACAAGCUCGCCGAGGUCUUCCGCACCAACCCCGGCCAGUGGGGCAUUGAGCGCGCGCGCUUCUUCCGCAGGCCCAACGUCGAGGCCUUGAUCGACGGCGUGUCCCGCGGCCUCGCCCUCGACGGCGUCAAGACGAUCGACUCGGACAUUGUCGUCUCGGCCCCCGGCAAGGUCAUCCUCUUUGGAGAGCACGCAGUCGUGCACGGCGUGGUGGGUGAACAAACGGAUUAGAUAUAAAGAAGUCAAAAUUCUCACACAUAACCUCAUACAUUGUUGUCUUACCUGCUACAUUUAUGCAGACUGCUAUCGCGACGUCUCUCAACCUCCGCUGCUACGGUGUGCUUGCGCCGCGCACCGACGGCAAGGUGGCCAUCACCGCUCCCGACCUCGAGGCCGAGCACGCGUGGGAGAUUUCCUCGCUCCCAUGGGACCUUGUUCCCCCGCGUGAGGGCUCGGCCGCCGACGAGAAGCUCGACCCCGUGCUGCUCGCCGCGCUCGAGAAGCUCGUCGCCCAGGACAAGCCCACCAAGACGGGCGCGAGCGCAUCUAUUGCGUUCCUGUACCUCUUCAUGGCUAUCGCCCGUGAGAGCACUGAGGCCCCUGCCACCACCCUCACUGUCUCCGCCAACCUCCCCAUCGGCGCCGGCCUCGGCUCGUCGGCCGCGUUCAGCACGUGCGUUGCGUCCGCUCUGCUGGUCGCGCACGAGCGCGUGCACGUCCCCGACGCGGGAUCGAUCGACCCGUCGCACGUCGACGACGUCGACUCGUGGGCCUUCCUCGCCGAGAAGGUGCUGCACGGUAACCCGAGCGGCAUUGACAACGCCGUCGCCGUCCGCGGCGGCGCUGUGGCCUUCACCCGCGCUAUCGAGGGCAAGGAGGGCGGCAUGGACUCUAUCCGCGGCUUCGACUCGAUCCGCCUCCUUCUCACCAACACGCGUGUGCCGCGCGACACCAAGUCGCUCGUCGCCGGCGUGGCCGCCAAGCGCGCCGCCGAGCCUCACGUCGUCGACCCGGUCCUCGGCCAGAUCCAGGACAUUUCUGACGAGGCCCGCGGCCUGCUGGACGGCUCGACCAAGACGUCGCGCAACGGCUUCGUGUCGCGCCUCGAGGCGCUCAUGCGCGACAACCACGGCCACCUGCGCACCCUUGGUGUGUCGCACCCGUCGCUCGAGGCCGUCGUCAACGCGACUGCCGCUGCGCCGUUCAACCUCACCACCAAGCUGACCGGCGCCGGUGGUGGAGGCUGCGCGGUGACGCUUAUCCCGGACACGUUUGACGACGCGCACCUCGAGUCGCUGCUCGCCAACCUCCGCGCGCUUGGCGCCGAGCCCUACCUCACCACGCUCGGCGGCCCCGGUCUCGGCGUGCACACCCGCACGCCGUCCGACCUGAGCUCGACGCUCGUGGCUGCCGGCCCGGCCGGCCUCGAGUCGUGGGCCUCUGGCCUCAAUGCCCAGUGGGUUCACUCGUAAAGAGUGAUAUCUGUUUCUGCUUCGCUUUGGCGGGCAGAUUUGCUGUUCCAACACAGCCUGGGCCGCGUUUUGUUUCCUCAUUCUCUCCAUUCUGUCAGCAUAGUGCAUCCAACUGUACAACAUUGCAUUGAACAACACCAACAACAACAAACAUAAAAUAUAGUCUGUAUACCCCAAUGAACCGU